AUGGAGUCGACACAGUAUCUUGUCGUGUCGUUGCCGCAAUCGGCCAAUGCGUAUCCCUUCUUGGAGCGUCAGUUGAACCUGGGCAAGCAGCCAUUGGCUGAGUUCAAGUUGCCUGACUUUCAGAUUAAAACCUUGGACUCGUUGGUGCAACUCUCUGAGGAAAUUGCCAAAUUGGACUCCACAUUGGCCGCCUCAGUGACUAAGGUUGUUGAUGUUGUCCAGACUGUGGAGCCAAACAAGCUGUUCAACGAAACCCGUGUUGUCAACCUGAAGCCAGCCACCUGGUUCGUGGAGCACUUUACUUGGAACACUUCCAAGUACCGUUUGGACAAGCCCAUCAAGGACUUGGUACAACUCAUCAGCAGCGAGGCUCUCUCAUUGGAUAAUGACGUGAGACUGGCAUACCAGCAGUACCAAGGUGCCAAGUCGAACUUCUUGGCUGCUGACAGAAAGAAGAAUGGUGACUUGUCUAUCAAGUCGUUGCACGAGAUUGUUAGACCAGAGCACUUUGUUUUGGACUCAGAUCAUUUGACUACCGUGUUGGUGGCAGUGCCCAAGUCUCUUGUAAGCGACUUUGAGAAGUCUUACGAGUCUUUGAACGAGUGGGUCAUUCCCAGAUCCGCCCAGGAAAUCUCCAGAGAUAGCGAGUACGUCUUGUAUGCCGUUGCUGUGUUCACGAAAUACCAGAACGACUUUGUUUCUGCCACUAGAGAACACAAAUGGCACCCUAGAACAGACUUUGUCUACCUGGAGGAGAACUUGAACGAAUUGCGUAAGGAAUUCGAUUUGACCAAGGCAACGGAGACCAAAUCUAAAAACGAUUUGAUCCGCUUGUCAAAGACCGCAUACUCGGAGAUCUUCUCUGCGUGGUUCCACAUUAAAGCUAUCCGCAUAUACAUUGAAUCUGUUUUGAGAUAUGGAUUGCCUCCUCAAUUCGAUGCCUACGCCAUCAAGUUCGAAGGUAAGAAUGCCAGUAACGUCGAUAAGGCCAAGAAGGAAUUAAUUGCCAAAUUCGGUUACUUAGGUGGUGACGGUUUCUCGGAGCUGAGUAAUUUGCACGAGUAUGCUUCGUUAGUAGACUCCGACUACGAACCUUUUGUCUUGUACCAAGUUGAGAUUGUUUAG